UCGUUUGACACUUUUUUCUUAGAGAAACUUCGAUUUUUUGUAAUUACUCAUUGUGAAAAUACGUAAAUCUUAAAUAAGCAAGGAGAUUCUAAAACCGAAAAACACGCCUGUUCCGGGCCCCCCUCGUGCAACCACGCAUGUCCGCACGUGGGCAGUCAGAAACCGCACAGGAACCUAACCUCAAAACUAAGAACAUGUACCACGAACUGGUAUAAACGUAAACACUCCAAGAAAAGUUCAAAUUUUUGUAGGAUUUUGGAGUUUUAUAGUAAAUACAAUCAUGCAAGUUUCCAACCAGAACAAUGUAAAAAUUUACAAUCUAAGCGCCGGAAGGUCUCUUCCCGAGUGGUUAUCAGACAGAAAGAAGAGAAGCUUGUCAAAAAAGCAUGUCGAAAUACGAAGAAGAAUCGAACUCAUUCAGGACUUCGACAUGCCUGCAGUCAGCACGAAUGUUAGAGUUUCAAACGACGGUCAAUAUAUUUUUGCGACUGGCAUUUACAAGCCAAGAGUAAAAUGCUUUGACGUAACAAAUGUAUCACUUAAAUUCGAAAGAUGCUUUGAUUCUGAGGUCGUUACAUUCGAGAUUUUAUCCGACGAUUACAGCAAGCUCGUUUUCCUACAAAGUGACCGAAACAUUGAAUUCCACGGCCAAGGAGGAAAAUAUUUUCGAAUAAGAGUCCCGCGUUUUGGUCGGGAUAUGAAAUAUCAUUAUCCAACCUGUGAUUUAUUCGUAGUAGGAGCGAGUAACGAGAUCUACCGAUUAAAUCUCGACAGAGGAGAAUUUUUGAAACCUUAUACCUCGGAGGCUUCUUCGAUUAAUAAAUGCGUAAUUAAUCCCGUUCAUCAUCUACUUUUAACUGGAACUCAAGAUGGAAAAGUCGAGGGUUGGGAUCCGAGGGUUAGAGAAAAAGUAGGAACUCUAGAUUGUGGAUUUCACUGCAUUACACAGGAUAAUAGUUUAAAGUCUGUCCCAUCAGUCACAGCUUUAAACUGUCAAAGGGCUUUAACUUUGGCAGUUGGCACCCUCACUGGUCAAGUUUUAUUGUACGAUAUGAGAUCCAGUAAGCCGUUUUCAACUAAGGACCACAAUUACGGACUACCGAUCCGAAAUGUAGAAUUCCAUAAUAGUAUGGAUCUUAUAUAUUCAAUGGACAGUUCAAUCGUAAGAAUUUGGGAUAAGAAUAAUGGCAACUUGUUUACUGCAGUUGAGGCGAAUUUCGACUUUAACGAACUCUGCGUCGUGCCAAAUACUGGAAUGUUUUUCAUUGCAAAUGAAAAUCCGAAGAUACAGACUUACUACAUUCCAAGUCUCGGACCCGCCCCAAAGUGGUGUGGUAUCCUCGACCAGCUCACUGAGGAAUUGGAAGAGAAAACUCAGGAAAUUGUCUACGACGAUUUUAAAUUCGUCACCGAGGCAGAGUUGGACGAAAUGGGUAUUUCUCAUCUCAAGGGUAGCAAUUUAUUGAGAGCUUUCAUGCAUGGAUACUACAUAAACGCGAAUUUGUAUAGAAAGUUCAGAGAUAUGGUGCAACCUUUCGAUUUGGAAGAGCACAAGAUGAAGAAAAUUAGGCAGAAAAUCGCCGAGGAACGGGCUAGCAAAAUACAGUUGGAGAAGACUCUCCCAGCUGUUAACAAAGAUCUCGCUCUCAAACAUAUGGAAAUGAACAAUCCAAAGAAAAAGAAAACAACGUCAAAUCUCCUUAAGGACAAUCGCUUCCAAGAGUUGUUCACAAACCCUGACUUCCAAAUUGAUACGAACGCUGAAGAAUACGUUUUGCUAAAUCCUGUAAUUUCUCAAGCCGACAAACGCAAACGUAGAAAACUGGCAGAAGAAGAAGCAGCAGAGGCUCUAGUCGUUCCAGAAGAAGAGGACAAUGGUAAAACGAGUGCCGAUGAAGAUUUUCAUGAUAGCAGUUCCGAUGAUGAAAAAGUUUGGUCUAAGGAAGUACAGAAAAAGUAUAAAAUACUGAAGAGAAAUGCGAAGCGGAAGGAAUGGGAAGAAAAUGCCGAAAAAGAAGAGGAAGAGAACAAAAAUUCGGGAAAGAAGACAAAGAUCUUUGAAAUGAAGGAAGGCGUCGAAUUCGCUGGAUCGAAACUCCAGAUUCGAAAGAGAAACAAAUCAAGCCUUGGACAAAGACUGAAAGAUGAGGAAGCCAAUAGUUUGAAAGUGACUGGAUCCGGGGGAAAUAAACAAAUGACAUUCACUAUUGGAAGGCGCAAUCAACACAACAAAAAGAAAGAUCGUCCGAGUGUUAACAGAAAGGAAUACAAAGAUCUCUUGCGACCGGCACGCAAUAUGGGAAAGCGUAAAUGUUUGUGCGCGUGUUUACUGUUUAUCUUAACACAAACUAGAGCUUUUGUUAUGUGUACGUGUGUGCUUUCCAAUUGUAGUUUAUUCACUUUCAAUCUUUUCUCUUGUGAGAGAAGUAGCAAAAGUAGGACUAUUCGACUGAAAAAUAAUAUGGGAUACAUGACAGUUGUCAAAUUUUGGCGGAAGAUUAUGAAUGCUAGCAAUAAUGGUUCCACAAGUGGAAAGGAAUCAACUUCAACAGAUGAAAAUCAUGAAAAUACUUUACGAACUUCAACUCCGUCAUUACUUUCGGAUUUGCAACAUCACAGCACCGAAAUUGGAGAGAUAGCUGAAAUGCCAGAUUAUGAAAAUCUGAAUACAUCUGCAGUUUUACAUUAUUGCAAGCAUAAAAUAUUAAGACCAUAUUUAAGACUUUUAGGAGUUAUGGGAUUACGACCAACCAGUAGUGAUGAUUCUGAGCAUUUUUCUUGUUAUUGUCUCUUGGCUAAUUUUCACACUGUGCAGGUCACAGUUUUCAUGUGUAUUGGAUACAUUUUACAGUACAUGGCUUGCUUCAGGAGAGAUCGUGGAUUUUGUUAUAAACCAAACCCACCAUUAUCAUACUUCGAAGAAGAAUCACAGCCAUCGAAAGUGCUUUUGAUUAACGAUAUAUGCCAUGGCAAUAUAGCCUUCAGCUACAUGAUACCAAGCACAUUACACUUGGUAGGAUAUUUAUACACCGUUCAUUUGUUUCGAAUUAAGGAAAACGAGCAGUUGCAAAAUUUGAUGGAGAGGGCCUUUCUUUUGUCCUCAACUCCGGUUAAUCGAGGCAAUCAGAAGAGACUAGUCAGAAUCCUGUGGCUUUUCAUAGGACUCAGCGUUGUCUGGAUGCUUAUGACUCUUGCCACUGUCACGGUCAUGAUGCUUACACAAGAAAUUUCUUUUCAAUGGGUUCAGGAAAGCCCACGCCAAGUUAAGGAAUUGCUAAAGAUCUUUUUAGUCAUUUGUACCCUAUGGCAUGACAUGGUACAAGGCACAAUUAUAACGAGUUAUUGUCUCCAAGGACAACUUUUAAUAUCACAUUUAUUCUUUCUCCAUGCAAAAUUGCUUCAACAUACUGUCCCGCCGAUUGAAUGGAUGAAGGAAAUUAGUGAAUUUAAGACGCUUCUUAAAUACUUCAACGACGAACUUGGUCCAGCAGUCUGCAUUUAUACUGUGAUCAAUGUUUCCUGGGCUUUAUCAGGAAUUGCCUGGUUGUUUAAAUUCGACAGUAUUAACGUUCAUCCUGAGGCUCCCAUCUGUAUAUUGAAUGUCGUCCUCUGGAUUUCGAUAUCCCUAGUUCCAUUUAUUCAGGCUGCUCGAUUAACAACAGCUUGUUCGAUGAUCCAAAGCAUCGGUCACGAAGUUCGCGUGAGGCCCUACGUUUAUCAAGGAACUUCCGGAGAAGAUUUAGAUACUAUUUUAUUAUACACAUCCUCCCUGAAAAUGUGUGCAAGACUUUAUAGAGUUCCGAUAACGGGCAGAUACUUAUGCAUGUUUUUAACCAUCGGAGGUGUUGCUGUUCUAACUUUAGGACAGUGUAAUGUCUUUUCAUGAUACAAAAUGUGAUUUGUACAUUAUCGGCUCGUAAUGUACAAUUAUUGCUCAAAUGCAUCUAAUAAUACAUAUAUUUGUACAUAAAAAUUAUUUUAAGGCUUACUUCAACGCGUUGAGAAACAUAAAUUAUUUGAUUUAUAGAAA